CCGGAGACACGUCGUGUCGUGACGUCAAACCGGUCGAUCGCUUCGUUCCGGACGUGACGACGCGUGUGCGGAGGCGGGACGGGGAGAGCCGAGGUUGUCCGGUCGAUCGCUCCGUUUCAGACGUGACAGAAUGCGUGAGCGGAGGCGGGAGGGGGGAGCCGGGGGCGUCCCAGUCCCCUCUAUACAAGCGAGGGCCCCGCGCGGACUCUGACCGACGGUGGCGACGACACUCUCAGGAGCCGGCCCGGCAGGCGUCAUGCACCAUUCAGGAUUGGAGCCGCGGGACGGAAGCGCGGAAGAGGAGCCGGAAGAUCGACUGGACGAUGAGACGGACGCGCGUCAGCUGGAACGAAGGGUGAGCGAGAGGCGGCGAGCCCGCUCCCUGCCCGCCUGGCCGGCCUCUCCGCACAAGCGGGUCCGGUUCGCAGACUCCCUGGGCCUGAGUCUGGCCAGCGUCAAGCACUUCAGCGUGCUGGAGGAGCCCCGGGUGCCCGUCCGGGCCCUCUCCGGACACCCGGCGGCCCGCUUCACCGAGCCGGGCGACCCGGACUCGCGGGUCCGCCGGCUGCGCGUCUGCCUGGAGAGCGUGACCGUCACGCGCUUUGACGUGCGGGGCCUGGUGCGCGUGCUCAGCGGAUGCGGGCGCCCGGACGUGGGCGUGCGCUACACCUUUGACGACUGGCUCUCUCACGUGGACGCGCGGGCCCUGCCGCUAGACGGCGACCGCUACGAAUUUACCAUCUACACGCCUCCGGUCACGGAGGCGGGGGCGGCGGUGCGCCUCGCCGUCUACCUGCGCUCGGACGAGGGCGAAUUUUGGGACAACAACGACGGGCAAAAUUUUACGCUGAGCGUCCGCUGCGAACACUUUGCCGCCACCGCCUGAGCUGCUUUUCAAACUUUUGCUCCGGCGACCAACUGAGGGAAGCGCGCUUCGGUCCCGCCGCGGCCGGCUGGCUAAAGCGGGCGGGCGCGAGAAUGUCGAGGAAAGACCUGAGCGGCGGAGGUGGGAAACCUUCUCGGGCUAUUCUAAAUACAUUUUUGACAACAACAAAGUGCUCUCCGUUUUUCUCUCAUUUCGGUGUGUGUUGGUGUGGAUACUCCAGAAUUUAAAGGCAGUAACUGAGCUCCAAAUAAUAGGAGGAGAGUGGUCUCCGGUAGGGAAGGAAGAUAUAUUUCACAAAACACCCAAGUCUUGCAGAGUAGGCAGUGACAGAUACAACAAACAAAAGUGCAACAAAGUCAACCUGUAGGCAUUUUCAAAAUUAGAAAGGCUAACAUUCAAUACUAGUCAAAAAAUACAUAUCACCAACUCGAGCUUCUGAUCAAUCACAACAGAACAAAUGACUGCAUUAGGAGAGGACUGAAGUUGCAAAAUUUCAAGUCCUUCAAAAUAGCUGUCAUUGAAUUGGACGAAAGAAUGUUUAGCGCGUCCCCGCCCAAAACAAAGCCAGGUGACGUCACGUCAACACGCGACCGUUAAAAAGCUUCCUUUGCAUUUGAUCUCAUGAAGCGCCAUUAUUUUGGAAACGUGCGAGACCCAGGAAGUCCGGCCGGCGGCGGGCCGGCGCGAGGCGGCUUCCUCUUCUCCCGCUACUCCACCACCGUCUUGGGCGCCUGGAACAUGCCGCCGACAGCCACCUGCAAACAACGCACGACACGUUACGCAACCGUCGGGACUUUGCGCCGAAUGUCACGUGACGGGCGCCAAAUGUUUGCUUUGUCCUUUUGUGUUACUCCAUGACAAGGCGGUGUGCGUGCACCACAGUUCACCAUUGAUUUUUGAGUGACCACAAAAAACGCCACGCUACCGAGCAGGACAACACAAAGUGACCGGACCGGUUGAGGCGCUAAGUUGGCUGGUCUUUUCAUCACUAGUCACCCAGUGUUCCCUUUCCCCGCUCCCCUCUGGGGAGGGGCUACUUUCUCAGCCGCAGCCGCCUAACUAUCCUGACCCCUGGCAGGAUGGACGUCCUCGCUAACCCAUACCCCCGUCUCAUCUGGCUGGAUUGACCUCCUCAUGUUCCGCUACUCCACCGCAUCUCUACAAACUGGAACUUCUUCUACUAGUACUCAUCAUCAGUCCUGGUGCAUCUAUAGCAUGUCUGUCCUGGGAGUGGAUCUCUCCCGAUUGUGGUUCUCCCCAAGGUUUCUCUUUUUUCCCACUGGGUUUUUGGAGUUUUUCCUUGCCGCCCGUGAGGGUCUAAGGAUGGGGGAUGCCCAGAUCAUGGACUCAUCUUAUCCAUCUGACUGUGUAUCGAAAUGACUCUGCAAAGCCCUCUGAGACAAACCUGUUGUGAUAUAGGGCUAUACAAAUAAAUUCAAACUGAUUAGAAUUGAAUCCUAACUUGGACUUAGAAAUAUGUAGAAAAUGAGCAAGUCUCUAAAAAUGUUGAGAUGGAGCUUUAAAGUCAGUGAAGUGCCUUCAAUAUAUACAGUUUAUAUUUUUCAUUUUAUUUAGAAGU